GAACAUUAAUUCGAUUUUGGAAUAAUGUGUUUUUCCACAGAACAUUUCCGUGACGCUUUAUACAAAUGUGUUUUCUUGUUUUUCACUCAGUUACACCAGACAUUUGAAAGUAUUAUGAAGCUGUUAAAAUUAGUGUUGAUAUUUGGUUUGAUAUGCAAGACCAUAGACGCAAAGGAAGAAAACGAGGAAAAUGUAAGCUUCAGCAUAGAAAGAAUUUUCCUAAGUCGUCGUUCGUGUUCAUGUCGAAUUGAAGAUUACCCGUGGAAAGACGGCGUUCAAGAGUUUUACAAUGGAUGUAGAAAAGCGGCCGAUUCAUUCCAUGGAAAAGCAUUCGACGUAGCUGACAACACAGUAAAGUCAUUGCAGCAAUUAGUGACGAAAUUGAUUGAUUUCACUGAUUCCAACUCAACGAUAGUAGCAUCAAGCUCAACAGAUAUUUUAGAAUCGUUGAGCAAAUGUAAUAGGCUAGGCCGAGAUGGUAUGAAUAUCAUUGUUGAGUACGUGAAAGUCUUUCCCAGUGUAGUCAGAGACUUCAAACAAGUCUCUGCAAAUCUAUUCAAACACAUCGGUGAACUGACAUGUUCCUUCAAAAAUGCUGUUAGCGAUUUAGGUGCCGAACUGACCAAGUUUAUGAAAGAAUUUGUACGAAGUUCUCGAUUGCCCAAAUGCAAGAAAACAGUCGACUACAAUUUGGUCCUUAAAAAAUACCAAGAACUUUCGAACAUAGUGGCUCAGAUUGAUGACACUCUAGUGAACGAAUCUGAAAAUGAAGGAAUUGAAGUUACGAAGGAAGUGUAUGAGUCAGUCUUAGUGUUGCAUUUGCUCUACAUUUAUAUGGGGAUUUCAGUCACAGGAAUCGAUAGUUGCGUCUUGGAUGUGCUUUACGAGCGUAACUGUUACGUAUCAGAAGAGACUAAGUCAUGCGUGUUUUCAAUUGAAGAUGCACUUGUGGAAGUCCUUCAAGCUGUUUCUACAGUAGUUUUAACUUCCGUCGAAAGUAUCAGAAAUCUGUUAAGGACUGUUGUCAACAUAGUCGCAGGGUUAAAUGCGAUCGUAAAGAACGUUCUUGGACUGACCAACCGUGUGGUAUUAACCGUUGAAGAUAUAGUUCAAAAUUUAGUUAGAGUUGACAAAGUCACAGCAUCACGGAAAGAAAGGAUUUUGAAUGGCAAACACUGAACAGAUCGUUUGAAGUAUAAAUAACUUAUUUUUAAUGGAUGUCUCACUUCAAAAGCUGUUGUUGAAUAAGACUAAAAGGAUACCCCGAUCCAUUCUAA